UAAAAGAAUACUCCCUUCCAAGCCUGCCAAAGACUUCCGAAAGUCUUCUCUCUACUUUUUAAUACACCUUGACAAGGCUACACAACACACACGUUAAGCUUCUCUCUCUCAGCUUUGGAACAGUCUCUUUGAUUCUGCCCAGAGCACCCAAAAAACCAUGUACCUUUUUCAUCUUAGAAUCAUUAUCAGUGUUUAUCUCGUCCACCAUCUGUUAUUCACAGGCGGCACCGGUGAUUCGCAUGUCCACUAUUACUCGGUAGAUGACAUCGCCAUUAACUGUGGCUCCGCUGGUAGUUCAUCUGGUUUUGAUGGCCGGGAAUGGAUCGGAGAUAUAGGAUCAACAUUUACUUCCCCAAAAGAAGCAAAACCCAUAUCAAUAAGUUCAUCAACAACAGUCCACCAAUCACCUUUUGCCGAUUCUAUUCCCUACAUGACCGCCCGGAUCUCUCGUGCUCAGUUCACCUAUACAUUUCGACUCAGCCCAGGUCAAAAAUUCAUUCGCCUACACUUCUAUCCAGCUUCAUACACUGGUUUUGCAAGAUCCAAGGCACUUUUUCAUGUUAAAGCAGGUCCUUUCACCCUCCUCAACAACUUCAGCCCUUCCCUUACUGCUGAUGCUUUCGGUGUAAGUUAUUUUGCCAAAGAGUUUUGUGUCAACUUAGAAGAAAAUCAAGUUUUCAACAUAACCAUUUCUCCGUCUAAAAGCACUAGUUCUUCAAAUGAUGAUGAUGUUUAUGCUUUUAUCAACGGAAUUGAGAUCGUCUCCAUGCCUACCGGUCUUUAUUACACUCCCGAUGGUCAUUUGGGUGCAUAUAUGGUUGGCAACAAGUUUCGAUUCGGUAUCGAUAACGGGACUGCGUUAGAGAUGGUUUACCGCUUAAAUGUCGGAGGGAGAUCCAUUUUGUCGGUAGAAGAUUUGGGCAUGUUCCGUAUGUGGUAUGAAGACAAGAAAUACUUGCUACAAUCAAGUCUUUUACGAGUCACUACAAGCAAGAUGAUCACAUACACAAGCAUACCCACAUAUAUAGCACCAUCUAAAGUUUAUCAAACAGCUUGGUCAGUAAAUUCGAACCAACAAACAAACCAAGCUUACAAUUUCACAUGGAAACUACCGGUCGAUUUGGGAUUCAGAUAUCUGGUUAGGCUCCAUUUUUGUGAGCUUGAACCCAUGAUCACUCAUGGCAGUCAAAAACAGUUUGAUCUGCUAAUGAACAAUAAGGUCGUUGAGAAUGAUGCAAAUGCUAUCAAUUGGAGUGGUGGAAAUGGGGUUGCAAUAUACAGGGACUAUGCGGUCGUGAUGGAAGGAGACCGGAUGGAGAGCCAGCGUGAUCUAAUCAUAACGUUGCAGCUCAAGUAUGUGUCAAGCACUAAAAGAAUUGAGGCGACCCUAAAAGGUAUUGAGAUCUUUAAGUUGACUAACCCGGACAACAAUCUCGCCAGCAGUGCGAAUAAUGUUUCCACGACACAUGCUUCGAUACCUAGAAUCCCAAAACUCCGAAGAUUGGUUUUGGCUUUUGGCAGUAUAAAUGUGAUUGGAACAGGUGCAAUUCUCAUACUCACUCUAUUGAAUUUCAUUGUUUACCAUUUAAGUCUUUCAGAAUCGAAGUCUAGCAAAAUUAACAACUCAUCAUCAUUGGAUGAGAAAGAGUUGCACCGACGGUUCUCACUUGUUGAGAUCCAGUUUGCCACCAACAACUUUGAUGAUGGACUAAUCAUCGGUAAAGGUGGAUUUGGUAAUGUGUACCAAGGGAUGAUAGAUAGAACAAGAUGUGUUGCCAUAAAGCGGUUGAAUCCGCAAUCCAAACAAGGGGCUCAUGAGUUUUGGGCUGAGAUCAACGUCCUUUCCGAGCUUCGGCACAAUCAUCUCGUCUCUCUAAUUGGCUACUGUGAUGAUUGUCGAGAGAUGAUCCUGGUUUAUGAGUACAUGACCCAUGGGACCCUUGCUGACCAUCUCCACAAAGCUAGUAGAAAUGGUAGUGGUGACUCUCCUCUUUCCUGGGAGCAACGACUCAACAUCUGUAUCGGUGCUGCACGUGGGUUGGACUUUCUGCAUACGAGUAGCGGUGGCCACCAUGGAAUCAUACACCGUGAUGUGAAGAGCUCAAAUAUUUUGUUGGAUGAAAAUUGGGUAGCUAAGAUUUCUGAUUUUGGGUUGUCAAAAAUGGACACUGCGAAUGCAUCGCGCACCCACAUUAGCACCAACGUAAAAGGCACAUUUGGGUAUUUGGAUCCAAAGUAUUUCAUGACUCGAAGACUGACUAAGAAAUCAGACGUAUAUGCGUUUGGUGUGGUACUGUUCGAAGUGUUGUGUGGGAGGAGGGCUGUGGAUUUAACACUUGCGGAUGAGCAGCAUAGUCUAGCCAUAUGGGCCCCAAAAUGUAUCCGAAAAGGAACAAUUGAUCAGGUCGUUGAUCCCAGUGUGAAGGAGCAAAUCUCGGGUCGUUGUUUACGAAGGUUUGUUGAAAUUGCCAACAAAUGCUUGCAUGAUCAACCAAAUGAACGACCUACAAUGGCUGAAAUAGUGGCGAGACUUGAUUUAAUUAUAUUGGAGUUGCAUAGGAGGGAUAACUCUUACACAGAGCAAGAGAUUAUCGAUGUUGGUGGGACUUGCAACGAGCAUGUUGAAGAGAGUAUUUCAUCGGAGGACUCUUCUUUAACAUCUAGGCAUUACAGUCUACCGCCAAAACGGGGCGUGGUCAGCUUAAGAAUACUGAAUUCCACAAACAAAAGGAUUACUUUCACGGACCAUGGUCAGGGUGGCGGUUUUGGGACUUGCUUUGGCAUAGAAGACCAUUUUCAGUGCCAAAACGGACCAUGGUCAGGGUGGCGAUUUUGGGACUCGCUUUGGCAUAGAAGACGACCUUCACUGCCAAAAGUAAAUUGUCAUCGCUUCUCACUGGCAAAGAUUGAAGCCGCCACGAACAACUUCAGUGAUUGCUUCCUAAUCGGAAAGGGUGGUUUUAGGACUGUUUAUGUGGGUUCCAUCCAAGACUUGAAGAAGGUUGCUAUCAGUCGAUGGAAUAAGAAAAUAAAUGCAGCGUAUGAUAGUUUUUGCAGGGAGUUGGAGGUGCAGUCCCAACUUCGAUGCAUCAACAUCGUGCCCUUGGUUGGGUACUGCUAUGAUGGGGACGAGAUGAUCCUAGUGCACGAAUACAUGGUAAAUGGGAGCCUUUCCGAUCAUCUUCACAAUACCAGCAAUAAUAAUCAAUGUCUCUCAUGGAAGCAGAGGCUCCAAAUCUGCAUCGGUGUGGCACAAGGACUGAACUACCUUCACAGAUGUGUGGAGCAGACAAUUGUCCAUCUUGACAUUAAGCCGUCCAACAUUUUCUUGGAUCAAAACUGGGUUGCAAAGAUUUCAGAUUUCGAGUUAAGCAAGUUGGCUCCCAAGGGCGGCUCAUUAUCCACCUCUCGAAUUUGUGGUACAUAUGGCUAUAUGGCUCCAGAGUAUGCGAUGAGAGGACAAGUGUCCGGAAAAUCUGAUGUUUUCAGUUUUGGCAUCAUGGUGCUCGAAGUUUUGUCGGGAAGGAAAGUAAAUUCUCAUACAGAUUCUACAGAUUUUUGGCAGGAUGAGAGGACUCCUCGAAGGAGGACUCUGAGGGAGUGCAUAAAAGCAGGGUCAUUUGAGCAGAUCAUUGAUCCAAAUCUCAUUGGGAAUACAAUAUCGCCUCUUUGCUUGAGCGUGUUUGUGAAGAUUGCAAGGAAAUGCAUAUCUGAGAGAGAAACUGAACGCCCUCAAAUGAAUGAUGUUGUGCACAUACUCAAGCAUGCUCUGAAACUGCAGGAAAUUGCUGAUGGUGCAUUGUUUAAUGAGGAAAGAGUAGAAGGAACCAACAUUAAUGCAUAUGAGCUUUCUGACUCCAUUAAUCAUUCUUCAUCACAUCUGCAAGACACCGACUGGAUUACUCCUGACGCACCAGAUUUGCAAAACAUUGAGCUCUCUGGCCCACGCUAAAUACUUUAUGUUCUUGUGAAACUUGAUAAAGGUUGGAUUCCAUUAUUUAAUAUAUAUAUAUAUAUAUAUAUAUAUAUAUAUAUAUAGAGAGAGAGAGAGAGAGAGAGAGAGAGAGAAUUCUAAAAUACAUAUAUAUAUAUAUAUAUAUAUAUAUAUAUAUGCCAUCAGCAAAAGUUUGUACCUGUACACUAUUCUAGUGUAACAGAGCUCUGAAGAACUUCGAUGUUAAUUUCUUCAAGAGAAGCACAUGAGUCGUUGAGUCUCUUACAUUUUACACUAGAUUAGAAGCAGAUGUUUCUUCAAGAGAAGCACAAUAUUUCUGAUUUUAAAGCAUAUGAAACUGUCUAGACAUUUUUGGCA